AUGAAUCUUCUUGAAGGGAAAGUCGCUGUUAUCACGGGUGCUGCUACUGGGAUUGGUAGAGCAAUUGCAAUUGGAUUUCAUAAACAAGGUGCUAAAAUUGCAAUCAAUUAUUUACAAGGUCAAGAAUCCGAGAUUGAAUCUUUAAAAUUGGAAAUUAAUGAUUUAUUGGCAAUUCCUGGUGAUAUUUCACAACAAUUAACAAGUGAAAACUUGAUUCAACAAACUGUUCAAAAAUUUGGUGAAGUAAACAUUUUUGUAUCCAAUGCUGGUGUUUGUCAAUUUGCAGAGUUUCUUGAAGUUACCCCAGAUCUUUAUGAACAAACCGUAAAUAUCAAUUUGAAUGGUGCAUUUUAUGCUACACAAUCAGCUGCUAAACAGAUGAAACUACAAGGGAAAGGUGGUUCAAUCAUUGGUGUUAGUAGUAUAAGUGCAUUGGUUGGUGGGGGCUUACAAACUCAUUAUACCCCUACAAAAGCUGGUAUUUUAUCUUUAAUGCAAAGUACUGCAGUGGCAUUAGGUAAAUAUGGUAUAAGAUGUAAUGCUCUUUUACCAGGGACAAUAAGGACUCAAUUGAAUGAUGAAGAUAUGGCUGAUGAUAAUAAGAGAUCAUAUAUGGAAGGUAGAAUUCCUCUUGGUAGAUUGGGGAAAACUUCAGAUUUAGCUGGUCCUGCUAUAUUUUUAGCUUCUGAUUUAAGUGAAUAUGUUACAGGUUCUCAAAUAUUAGUUGAUGGUGGUUUAUUUGUAAAUUUACAAUAA